AUGAGCGGGAUCAGUAAAUCUAAUAGCUCUUCACCUUCAAAACAGAAUAACACGUGCGUUGCUUCAGUACCUCCUUCCGUAGCGGCACCCGCUGCAUCGGUUCCAGAUUUACCAUUAAUUCCUACUAGCAACAUUAGUAGUCCCACCCCUUGCCAGCAAACUCAUUCGCAGAUUUCGACCCCACUACAAGCACCAACCCUCGACCCAAAUCAAAUGACCUCUGCGACCAUUAUUUUACCAAACCAAAUCCCAGUUGUCACGAGUCCCGCCAAUCCGAUUGUUUUCACUGCUGCUCCCUGCGGAUCGGCUGUCACUGUUUCUGUGAACAACGUCUCUAAACCCGCAGGUACUGUCUUAACUGCAGCUACUCGAGUUGUUUCCGUCUCGUCAAUUCCGGUUAUUCGGUCAGUUACUAGCCUCUCUGCUUCAUCUACUACAGCUGUGUCUUCACAACCAUGUAGACAUGAAUCUCCACAACAGCAAAUUCACCAGUCACAGCAGUUGCAAAUCCCGGCUUUUGAGAGCAAGUCUUUGAAGGAGGUUAUGAAAGAGGUUGAUCCUUACCUGCAACUAGAUGAAAAUUCUGAGGAAGUGCUCAGAGCUGUGGCCGAGGAGUUUCUUGAAAGCGUGGCAAAAAAAUCAGUCAAAAUUGCGAGUCAUCGAGGCUCUGUCUUGGUCGAACCUAAAGAUGUUGAACACAUUCUGGGUCAGUUGGUCUUGAUUUUCAAAUCGAUUCAUACGAAUUUCAUUCCUAAUUUUUCGGUGGUUUUCACUGUUCUCAUCUAUUUUAUCUCUAUUCGUACAUCCUGA